UGUGUGUGUGUGUGUGGAGUUCCCGGUGUUGUGACAGCGCGGUGUGUGUGUGUGUGUGUGUGUAGUUCCGUCAUUAGAGCAGUGAGUGUGUGUGUGUGUGUGUGUGUGUGUGUAGUUCCGUCAUUAGAGCAGUGUGUGUGUGUGUGUGUGUGUGUAACCCAGUCCGGGAUGGUGGCGGAGGUGAUAUUGAGACUGUACCAGUUCACUCCUCUCUUCUACAUCUGUGUUAUAGCGCUGUGUUUCACCCUCACUGUCACUGCAGUACUGGGCUGGUUUGGGUUUGAUGUUCCAGUGAUGGUGAGGAGUUCAGAUGAAGGUGACUCACUCCCUCUUCCAGAGAAGAAGAUGGUUCAGGUUCCCAAUCCGUUCAGUCUGGAGAUCAACACCACGCAGGGAUCAGUGUCGGAUGGUGUGUGCCUGCAGGUGUGUUGUUUAGAGGAGUGUGUGUUGAGUUGUUAUUGGGGCUGCAGUGUCCAGGCGUUACAGUUCACUCUACAGGAACAUCGACACACACGCAGACUGAACACAGCACGGCUGAUCCAGGAGAGUUUACAGGGACAGUAUGUGUACUGUCACACACUCACCCUGGGUAAAGGUCAAAGGUCAGAGUGCGUCACUCAGAUGCCCCCUGAUCUCGGAGUGACAGAUUUCGGUUUCUUGCCGAGAGAUCGCUAUCCGCUAGUCGCUGUUCUUACGCUAGCUAACACUGAGGAUAGAGAAACCUACGACAUUGUGGCGAGUCUUACGGUUCUUCAUGUUCCUGAUGAUAAGUACCGCCUCUCUGUCAGGGUCCUGUUCCACCUCCUGCUCACUGCUGAUGGAAACAUGUUCGACCUGAAGCCGCUCUUCAUGUCCACAGAUGGAACAAGCCCCGCCCCUGCAGAGGAACCGCCCGAGCCAGAGGAAAACAACCGCGAGGAUGAAGAGGCGGGGUCAGAAGAGGAAGAAGAAGGGGCGUGGCCAGGAGCUGUAGGGCGGGACUGUGUGGUGUGUCAGAAUGCGGCGGUGAACCGCGUGUUGUUGCCGUGUCGUCACGCGUGUGUGUGUGACGAGUGUGUGUGCAGGUUUCAGCACUGUCCCAUGUGCCGAGCCUUCGUCUGUGAGUCCUUCACCCUGUCUCCGCCCACAGACACGCCCCCCUGUCCUGAGGGGCGGGGCUUAUAACCUCAAAAUCACAGAACUGCUUUUACAAAAGAUUUAUUUUAAUGAUUUUGUUCAUUUUUAACUGUUUUAAAUAACAUCAGGAACUCUUUGGAGGAACUAAAGGUGCAGUUCAGGAACUUUUGGAUUUAUCGUUUGAAGCUGACAAAACAAAACUCAAAACACACACACAUUCCCAGGGCUCUCACACACUUCACUUGAUGAUCAUUACUGUUUCUGAUCUCUUUAUCUCUAAUAAGUUAAAAAAUAAACUGGAGCAGGACAGCGUAGCUGCGAUUAAAUCAGGUUUUAUUACACAACCUUCACAUGUGAACCUCAUGAGGUUAAAAUAUUAAAACUUUAUAUAAAGGACAAGAUAUAACUCUAACCUAAUGUUUAUUUAUUAACUCAUUUUUUAAGAUUUGAUGGAUUUCAUCCAAAACUUUAAAAAUUGAACUGAGAUUAAACAUUUGUUCCUGGAAACAAGUUUCCGUUUUUAAGCGCUCAGUAAGAACUCUAACACUGCUGAGGAACACCAGAGGAACUGGCCAGGCUUCACCUUAUUAAAGUUAAUUAACUCAAUAACUCAUUAAAUAAACAUCUCACAGACUUUGCCAAUUCUGUGGUUCAAGUGAUUAAUAAAGUGGGACUUGAUUUUAGGUCCCCACUUGAUGGGUGUGUAUUCCGGUCGAUGUCCCCACAUUAACAGGUUUGCGAGUACACACACAUACACACAGUUUCCAGACUAAAGUUAAAUGAAAAUGUUUUACAUUUGGCAGAUGUUCUUAUCCAGAGUGACUUACAUUUUUAUCUCAUUAUACAUCUGAGCAGUUGAGAGUUAAGGGCCGCGCUCAAGGGCCCAACAGUGGCAACCUGGUGAUUGUGGGGUUUAAACCUGGGAUCUUCUGAACCGUAGUCCAAUGCCUUAACCACUGAGCUACACCUGGCCCUUAUUUACUUUGCAUUAAAAAAACAUUCAAAAGAAAUGAAAAAACAGUUAAGUGUCUUAGCUGGAAGAACCCAAGGUUCUCCAAAAAACCCAGGUUUUCCAUAAAGUUCCAGUCUUUCUAACUUCCUGAAAAUAAACAAACUGGGUUCUUGGAAGUAAAACGUUUCCUGAUAAUCAUAAAGGUUCCUGUAGUGGAGCGAGACUUCGUCCUGCCGCUCCAUGUCCAAAAUAUAUUCAGUUCUGUGGGCGUGUCCCUAACCACACACACCCUUCUCACUAUGGUCUGUGGUGCAUUAUGGGUAAAACAUACAGGGUCCGACCUGCUGCAGUGCAUGAUGGGAUGUGCUGUAUAUGUGAAUAAGACUUGUGCACUGUGUAAUGUUCUGUAUGUAAUCCUCAGCUUUUAUUAAUAUAUUUAUUACUGAUAUUAAAGAUGUAAAUAUUCUGAAGGUCUGAGACGAGUUUAACAUCAUCAGUGUUUAAAUAAACACAAACCAGACGAGUGUUACUUUAAACUAAAUGAAAUAAAAGUGAAAUUUGUGUUAAA